UCAGCUGCCCGAGAAGGGCCGAGCAGGAAGCCGUCCUCCAGCAGCGGCGAGACCGCCCCUCCUCCGCCUCUGCCCGCCCUCUCCGCGGCCGGUGGGCAGCGGCUUGGGCCGGGCUUUGGAGCCGGUUGGUUCCUCGGUGCGCCGUGCGCCCAGGGCGCACCGUGGAGAGGCGGCGGGGCGCGUUCUGGCAGCCCGAGAGAGGGAGGGAAGGAAGGAAGGAGGGAAGCAUGGCCGGGCCAGGCGCCCCGGAUCCCCCGCCUGACCUCUACCGGGACACCUGGGUGCGCUACCUGGGCUACGCUAAUGAGGUGGGAGAAUCCUUCCGGGCCUUGGUGCCCGUCUCCAUGGUCUGGGCCAGUUACGGCGUGGCAAUGGCUUACGUGACAGCAGACGCGGUCGACAAGGGUAAAAAAGCCACAGCAGCUGCAAAGCCUCAGGAGGAAGGGAGGGCCACGCAGGCGGCCGUGGCCGUGGUAGACACGUUCAUCUGGCAAGCUUUGGCCUCGGUGGCCAUCCCCGGAUUCACCAUCAACCGCAUCUGCGCAGGGUCCCUCUACCUCAUGGGCACCUUGACCCGCUGGCCCCUCCCUGUUCGGAAAUGGACGACGACGGCCGUCGGACUGACGGCCAUUCCCUUCAUCAUCAAACCUAUCGACAGGUCCGUCGAUUUCUUAAUGGAUUCCAGCCUCCGUAAACUUUACAAAAGCGACGAGAAGCCGCCUUCAUUUUGAGAGGGCCGGUCCAGUUUUCUAUAGAUCUACCUGCACUACCUCUCCUUCCAGGGUCUAGAAUCCACACAGAAACGGAUUCGGUGGCGGAUCAGAGGAACAGAUCCGUUCGGUUGGGUUUUGGGGACGGGAGCAAAUCAAGCAUUGGAUGAGAUUUUCCUUCAAACUAUGUUCAGGUGCUGGGGAGCAAAACAAAGAGCCGGAUGUUGAUUUCAGCUCCAAUCUUCAGAUCUUGUUUCAAGAAACGGGUCUUACUUAAUUUAAAAAUAAAAAUAAGGUACAGUUCUGAGAACGAGAUUUUAGAGCAGCGGCUCCCACAUGUUUAUCGAUUUAUUUUUUUGUUUUUUACUUUUCUUUUUCUUUUUAACGUAAGCCACCCAAAUUUACCUGGAGUUGGGGGACCUUUAAAUUCUGUGAAAUAAGUAUCUGGUAGCCAGGACUGAGCAAGAAAGCAGCACACUAGUUUCUCCUACACUGUGAAGUCCACUGGGGAAUCGCACUAAUUAGCUAAUGAUUUAAUUGCCCUGAAAUUUGCAACAAAUGGAAUUGUUUCAGGGCCACUGAUUUUUCACCCACAUUCGCUGUAGUUUGGUGGGGGUUUUUUUUCUUCUUCUCUCUUUUAGCGGUCUUAAAAAUAAAGGGAAAACAAAUUGACAUCGGCUGUUCCUUGCAUUACAUCUGGGGUAGUCAACCUUUUUAUAUCUCUGUUAGUAGUAAAAUUUGUUUGUAUCUCUGUUAGUAGUAAAAUUUGUUUGUAUCUCUGUUAGUAGUAAAAUUUUCUAACCGCC